GUCAAUUCGUGGACGAUUCCGAACGCUUCUUUGCAAAUAAAGUGAAGUAAGAAGAAAAGAUUCAUCGUUGAUAUGGGGGUGCACGCCAGGAAUGUCAAUGACAGUCUUGGAAAUGCGUUAUCGACCAAAGGAGAAGUGUCGUGGUCAACGACAGAGGAACCCUUUACUCCCGAAGAAGAGGACGCGAUAGUAACGCUGGUGGUAGUCGUGAUCGGUAUCAUCAUAGCUAUAGUGAUAUUAUUCUCAAUGGGAAUAUUUAUCGAUUGCAAACAUCAAAAGAAGGAUGUUUUAAAGAAAAAGAAAUUGAAAUUGAAAAUGCCACCGUUGUCUCGAAUGAGAAAAAAUCAAAAGGAGGACGCGAAAUCCUUGGCAUCGGAUAUGUGUCCAAACGGUGCUAGCGACGCUGGCUUUCGAACACGUGAUGUUAUAGUCUGACAUCUUUUGCGAUACAUCGAUUUUCAACGCGCAUAAGGAACGAAAUGCCACCGGUUCAAUUUCUUCGUUAAACAGGAAGAAAGUCGUUAUAAGUACAGUUCGAUGAAAAAUUAAAAAAUGAACAGAAGAAAUACGUUACACCGAAAAUUGUGUUAAUCCAACAUAGAUCGAGUGGACUUAUCGUGUUUGGAUAAAUGACGUGAAUCAAAUUUUGCGAAUAACCUAUCUUUCACAAAGUUGUUCAACUCAAUAUCGUUCGCGUAACUGUGAUUUUCAUGUUUUUAUUUAUAUCUUAGUUAUCAACUCUCUCGAUCGUAUCGAUCGCAUAUUGCGAUUGCUUUUAAAAAUGAACAUAGAAAUUUAAGUAAUAAUAAUUUAAAUAAUAAUUUUAAAAGGAUUGAAAGUCAACGAUACGAAUCUAAAUUUUAAUAAUUGCUCAAAUAAUCGAAUAUAUGUAUAGAUAUUAUUAACUCAAUUAUUCAAUCUUCAAGAGAGAUAAAAUAAAGAUGAAAGAAUGCGAUCGCAUACUCGAAUGCAAAUCUGUUAUGUAGAGUAUGUACGUAAAGGCAAGUUUUCUACGAAACGAAUUGAAUCGAAUCAAAUCGAAUCAAAUCGAAUCGAGUUGAAUACGAGUAUUUUCAUUUAUACAAUAUCAUCUAUUCUUUUGAGGUCUACUUAUUCUUUCGACCUUAUAACAAUUGAUAAACGAUGAAACAUCGAUGUUUUAAUCAUCUUAUUACUAAUGAUUCGACUAAAUGAUGAUUAAACUGAUAAAAGUAUGAAAGAAAUGCUAAUGUUAAAAGCGAAUAUAUUCGCUUAUUAUGAUAUGCGAAUAUACGAUAUACACAUUUACCAUUUAAUGUGUAAUUGUAUAUUAAUUCUAAACAAGUAUUUACUUAUACGUA